AUGGGCGUCCUCCGGCCAGACGCUCGGGCGAAGGUGAUCUUCACGUGCGAGGUGGAAGGCAACUUCACUCUGACGCAGAGGAACCCGCCCCUGUGGCCCACGCUGAUCGAGGGAACCAUCACCGGCCUCUCUCCGGGCCUCCAUGGCUUCCAUAUUCACGAGUUCGGCGACCUCUUUACAUAUUGUACCACACUAACAGCCCACAAUAACGACCAAACGACCCGUUUCCAGCGCCUGCACGGUUCCCCCGACGACCAUGAGAGUCACGUCGGCGACCUUGGCAACGUGCUGGCUGACGGAGACGGAUUAGCAAAGGUCAACAUCACUGACCCUGUCAUCUCUCUCAAGGCAACUUUUUCCGUCAUCGGCCGAGCUCUCGACGUGCACGCGGGCGAGGACGACCUUGGCGACGGCGGCAACGGAAAGAGCCUCAAGGGCGGCAACGCAGGUCGACGUCUGGCCUGCGGCGUUAUCGGCUUUGCGUUUGAAGGUGACGCUUAA